AUGACUGAACAGGAUCAUGGCUUGUUCAUCACAGGCCUGAACCCCAAUGUAAGUGAAAGCCAUCUGGCUACAUAUUUUACAGAAUGGGGUUGCAUCACAAUGUGCAAGAUCAGGAACAGUCCCAUUUCUUCAAAGGACAAAUUGGCCUAUGUGAGGUUUUCCAAAGAAGAUGAAGCAAACCAAGCAGACUGGGCUGGUCCUCACUUUAUAUUUGGAGAAGAAUGUAAAGUAAUACGGGUUGUUAGUCCAAAGGUUGAAGGCGAGCCAGACAGUGUGCCCAUCCUAGGGCAAAAUAAAACUUCAAUUCGCAGUCUAAAGGGUCUGGGCUACAGGCUGGAAGAUCCUAAGUGGUUAGGUGAAGAUGAUAAGAAUAAAGAAACCAAUUAGUGUUGAGAUAAAUCAGGAAUCGGGAAGACUUGAAAAGCAGGCUUCAAGAAUGAGGAAUGCUCUCAAAAUAACAUCUAAACUCUUCUUAAUUUGCCAUGUGUUAUGGAGACAUGACACAUUUUCUUCAUAAAACUUUCUCACAUUUUGCUUUG